GGGGAGAAGGGGACUAUGAUGACACCUUUUCCUCUCUCUUUCUCUCUCCAUCUCCUUCCUCUUUUGAGCCGACCCGAGUUCAUCUCUCUCUAUUUCUCUUAUAUUGUAUGAAUCACAGACCCGUAGCUGUAGCUGAGGAAAAUGAGGGAAAAAUAGGAAGGAGCGAAGCAGAGUUAUGUUUUUGUGAUCAAUUUCUUUGGUUGAUGAUAUCUUUCCAUUAAACUGGUAUUUAUUUGAUCAUCAUCGUCAUAAUCGUUGCUGGUUUCCCCUGAAUCCCAAUACUCGAUCAGUUUGUUCAGGCAAGUUGGUCGAAAGCAGAAGAAGAAUAUUUUUUUAAGCAGAGGGGAAGGGAGAGACAAUGGGUCCUGCUGCCUUGGGAAUUAGUGUGCAAAUCAGAAAAUUUCUUAUCUUUUCAAUUAGGGCGUGGUAUAGAUCAGUGUGUAAUCAUCCAUUUCUUGUGGGUAUGGUUCUGUUCUUAAUGUUUCUGUACAGAUCAUUUCCUUUUGCAUUUUCCCUUUUGCUGUCUUCGUCACCUGUUCUGGUAUGUACCGCUGUUUUGCUCGGAACCCUCUUGAGUUUCGGGCAGCCCAACAUACCUGAAAUCGAGAAGGAAGAGAGGAGGUCGCAUGUGAUUGCCCCAUUGAAAACGGGGGUAUCAGAAGAUGUCACUGCUGUUGUUGAGAGAACUCAGAACUUUCCUGUGGAGAGAUUCACAAUGAACAGAAGGGAUGUGGCGGAGAAAGCGAUUGAAGAAACGAGUACCGCUGAGAAGAAGAUUAGUUUGGCUGAAAAAGAUGAUUCUUCCUUUGAUAGUACGCCUUUGAUUGAUGAGAGUAUGCGGAGAGUUCAAUUCCCAAUGCAGGCAAUUGAAGAAGUAGGGGAUGAAUAUGAGAAUUCGGACUUUGAAAGGAAGAAGGGUAGUCAUGAGGAGAAAGUGGGGAAUCAGGACGUUUGCGGUGAUAAGGAAGCUUUAGAGAACCAAUAUUUGCAGGUUCAAGAUGUGGAAGCUGAAAAUUGUGAAGCGGAAAAUGAUAAAUCACUGGGAGAAUCUGUGGAUGCUUUUGAGGCAGAACGAUUGGAUUCAUCUCCAGGGUCUUGGAAGCAUGUGGAGGACCAUGAUGAGUCUUCCAAUUCUGAGUCUGAUCGGGCAGAGAGUUCCUCACCCGAUGCAUCAAUGGCUGAUAUUAUUCCCAUGCUUGAUGAGCUUCACCCACUCCUAGAUUCAGAAGCCCCGCAGCCUGUUCAUGACGACUUUGAUGCUGCUUCUGAGCGGUCUCAUAAAAGCAAUGAUGGCAGUGAUGCGUCGGAUGAAGAUAGUGAAAACCAUGAAGAAGAUGGUGAUGAUGAUAAUGACGAUGAAGAGGAAGAGACUCAGGUUGGUAAGGAGGACGAUACUAAUUCUGCUAUCACAUGGACAGAGGACGACCAAAAGAAUCUUAUGGAUUUGGGGACUUCAGAACUGGAGAGGAACCAACGGUUGGAGAAUCUUAUUGCUAGAAGAAGAGCACGGAAAACCUUGAGAAUGGUGGCUGAAAAGAAUCUGAUAGACUUAGAUGGUGCUGAUCUACCUUUUCAAGUUCCACCCAUUACAACAGCAAGGCGUAAUCCAUUUGAUCUUCCUUAUGAUUCCUACAAUGACACAGGGUUACCACCCAUUCCUGGGUCUGCUCCAUCGAUUUUGUUACCAAGACGAAACCCUUUUGAUAUCCCAUACGACUCAAGUGAGGAAAAACCUGAUCUCACGGGAGACAGCUUUGAACAAGAGUUCAUGCCUUUCCAUCAGAAGGAUACAUUAUUCCGGAGGCAUGAAAGUUUCAGCUUGGGACCUUCAUUCUUAGGACUUCCCAAGCAUGACGGGCAAGGCUUAAAGUGGAGACCUUAUUUUGUACCGGAAAGGAUGGCUUCAGAGGGGACAAGCAAUCCCUCAUUUCAAAGACAAUCUAGUGAGAUAAGUGAUUCUAAGGUGAGCUCUGUUACUGAAACCGAAUCAACAUCAGCUGUGGACCAGGAAGAUAAAGAUCUUAUUGAACAAGAUUUUUAUCAAGAAGCAGAAACUAGUUGUAACAUAGACCAUGCUUCUCUCUGUGUUGAACAUGGAAGCCAAUCGUCCAAAGAUAGAGAUUCCGUGGAGAUUGAUGAAGUUGAUAAACAAGCUAUUGAUGUCAAUGAGGCUGAGAUAAAAAUGGGAUUUAUGGAAGAUAACCCUGUAGUGGAAUCAAGCUUGGCUGAAAGAGUGGGAAUAUCUAAUACGGAGUCGAACUUGGCUGAAACUGGAGAUAUAUCAAUUCCUUCUGAACUCAGUGCACAUGAAAUUCAUCAAAACACAGAAGGUAGUGAAGAGAAAUUCAGUAGUAGAUCAAGCUCUUCCUCAUCUUCAGAAGAGAGUGAGGAUAUCUUUGAUGUAAAAGAAAGUGAAGGAUCGACAACCUUGGAUCCAAAAAAAGAUUUAAAAUUUACAGGUGGGAUGGCUGAUGGCAAUGAUAACAGGGAGCCUGUUUAUGACUCAAGCCCGCCAGCAGUUCUCAAGUAUCUGUCAUCUUCUUCCAUUUCUUCUGAUCUGCAAGUAGAAAUAUCUGAAACAGGUUCACCUCCAGUUUUGGUUGAAGCAACUGUUCCAUUUUCAGAAAAGGAAUCUGAAAUGCGUAAGAAUGGCAUGGAAAAGGAUACAGCUAGUUAUGAAGAGCUGUUGGCAGCCUCCUCCUCCUCUCAACAACAUGCAAUAAAUGAAACUGAAUCCAUAUCGAAGCAAGUUAAAGAGAUAAGCGAGCAUAAUGUUAAAGAGUUUGGGUUCUCAGGAGCAGAUUUGAAUUCCCAUGAUCCAAAUGGAUCAUUGGUGCUUGAAUCUGUGGUUGACCAUGUUUCUGAUGAUUCAAGUUUAUCUUCAUCAGAUGAUGGAUUAGUUGAGCAGGGUAUGGUGUACAAGGACAGAACACCUCAGAAUGUAGUAGAUCAAAGCUUGUCAUUCGGUUUUGAUGCAGAGACCAGUGUGAGCCAUGAUGUGAGCGAGGUGGAUUAUAGAUCUUCUAGUUAUGAGAAUAUGUCUUCUGAAGGAUUGUCUAUGCCAGAGGAACGACAGCCCUCAUUGGCAGUUGAGCAUGAUACAAUGGAUGAUCCAGAAUUAUCUUCUCCAGAGACUGAAUCAGUAAAGAAGCAUUCAAUGGAUAAGCAAAUUCAUCAUUUUGAGCAGGGUCAUGGUGACUCGUUAAGUUCUGUCGCAAAGACCAAUGUUGGUGUGUCGAAAGAUGCAGAUGACAAGCUGGUUUCUCCUGGUUGCAAUCAGUGUGCACAUUCUGAAAAAGAAUCUUUUUCUGGAAGGGAGGAACGGAUGCCCCUGUCAGAUAAAUCUGUGGUUUCACCAUCUUUUGAUGAUCAUGAAGAUCUCCAGGGACAAUCAAUUGUCCUGGCAGCGGACUCUACUCAGGAAGUACACCUUUCUCGUAUGAACAUGCUGAAAGUCCAUGAACCUGAGGACAAAGUCUUGCCAAACUAUUGUCCCACAGCUCUUGAUUCUGCCUCCAUCUUGUUUGAGGAUUCGGAAGAUAAAUUACCCACGCGUCUGGUAAAUUUGGAAGACCAAAGCCAGGUCUUGCAACACCUCCAUUUUGCAGCCGAAGCAAUUGGAGCUCAUGAUGAUGAAGCGUGUUUCAUUGAAGAGGCAGAUGACAUCAAGGCUAUAGAUGAAGGAUUGUUGUCGGAAUUGGAUGCAGUUGGUGAUUUUAGGGUCAAAGAAAUGGGAUCAGAUGUCGAUGGGAUUGGAAAACACCUGGGUGCAGAUCAGGAAAGCUUUCCUGUACCACCUGUUGCUGAAAUGAAGUUUGUUGUUGAUGCUGAAGACAACUGGAAUGAAGUCCAUGAAACUGAGGCUGUUAAGAACCCAGAAAAAUUAACAUCAUCCAGGGUUGAGGAGGAUUGUAUAUACCCAGAGGUGGACAGUGCCUUGGAGCUUCCAUCUUUUGGUGCUAGUUCCAGUGAGCUUGUUGAUUCGUCUUUUAAGGGACUUGUUCAUGAAGAAGUCAAGUCUCCCAAGGUUCUUGGGUCUAUCCACAAAGAAUCAGUGUCCAAUAACACUGAUGUUGAACUUCCAGAUUCUGAGAUGCUAAACCAAGAUGAAACACGGUUUGUUGAAGAUACUGAUUCAGCUUUGGAGGAAAUUGAACCAAGGCCUGAGGAGAAAGUUGAGCCUGGAGAACCUGAGAUUAACAAAAAAGAUCCAAUUACUGUUGGGACUGAUUCAGGAAGGCCAAUUCUUGAAGCAAGAUCUCUUGAAGAUUUUGAGUUGGCCUUAAAGGAAGUGAAUGAGGGAGAAAUUGAGAAGACUGCUGUUGAUGAGUUACUCAAAGCUGCGGAAUCAGAGCAAGCUGGAGUGCAGCAUGCUGAAUUUGGGCCAUCACAUAAAGAUUCUAACUCAGCAGUGAGCAACUUUGAGCUGCCAGUUCUUGAAGCAAGGUCAAUCGAAGACCUUGAUUGGGCUUUUAAAAAGCUUCAAGACGUGGAUGUUGAGAAACCUGUUGUGGUUGAAUGCAAGGAUCCACUAGAAAUCCAUUCAGAGUUGCAAGUUGAAGCAAGAUCUUUGGAAGAUAAUGAUGCGAACUUAAAGCAAGUUUCAUGCCAGCAAGUUUCAGGCCAUGAUCUCGAUAAGCUACCAGAGUCAUUAGAUGCCAGAGAUGGAUUAGCAGAAUGUGGGGUUUACAAAGUGAGUUCCUCUGAGGAGACUAAAUCAACUGUGAAAAAACAUGGAGUUCAAGAAAUCAGCACUAGCUCUGCUGAUCAAGAAAACCAUGGAGUCGAAACAUCUAAAGAUUCUGGUUUGAGUGUAUCUAAUGGAGGUGGUAAGAAAGCAAAAUCUCAUAAAUCAAGCUCUAGUUCUAGCUCCAGCUCUAGCUCUAGUGAUUCUGAUUGAGGAUGAGAAUUAAUGAGAGGAUGAAAGAGUUUGAUGGCUUUUCGUUCUCGUCGGAUUGGACUCCCCCCAAAAAUAUUGUGCUCUAAGCUUGUUCGUUGGUGUGUCCUAGUUAUAUAUUAGAUGAGAUUUUGCUCGAGCUUUGCUGGGUCUUUUUGUUUUUUUUUCACUGAUUGAUUACUCCAAGAACGAGUUUUGGUUUGAUUUCCUGGAGUGAAUUUUUUGUUCAAUUCCAUGGUUGAGAUUGAGCUGUCCAAGGGUUAUUGCGACCAAGUUGGUUUUAUCCUUGCAUAUUGUAAAUCAUAUUUGGAUUCAGAAGAUCUGAUUCUGUGUAUAUCUAUAUUGUGCAUUUGUUA